AUGCCCUUCUCAUCUUUGGCAGAUAGCCGAGCCUGUUUAAACGAGCUGGUGGAAAGGUCCCUGGCGCCAAAGACCUGGAAAGCGUACGUGGCAGCAUGGGAGAAAUGGCAGCAGUUCCAGCGGAAUGUAAGCUCAGAGGGCCAGGCGCCCCUGCAGCAAUUGUUGGAAUUCUUAGGCAAGAGUAAGGAGGAGGGAGCAUCAAGGGCAGUGGCAAACACCAGGCUGGCAUGGGUAUCUUUCUUUUCAAAGUUGCUAGGGAAAGAGGACCUAACUAAGGUAUUCGUAGUGCGCACACUGAUGAAGGGAUGGGCCAGAGCGAAGAUACAGAGACCGGACUCCCGGGAGCCAGUAACCAUAGAGAGGCUUAAGAGCAUUAUUCACAUAGUGGCGAAAGUAUCUAACGGAGAGUACGAGGAAAAACUGUUUAAAGCAGCGUUUAUCAUGGCGUUUAGCGGAGCAUUUAGGGUCGGGGAGCUAGUAGCGCAGUCAAAAAUGGCCGCCGGAACAGGCCUGUUGGUAAAAAAUGUAGCGGCCUCGCAGGGCGCGGUCUUAUGCAAAAUUCACAAGUCAAAAACAGACCAGAUAGGUAAGGGAAGAUGGGUCCAGUUGGGCAGGCACCCGGACACAACAGUCUGUCCAAUCGAGGCGGUACAAAGAUUUGUGGAGGUCAGGCCAAAAGGGGGCGAGAAUUUCCUCAUUCAUGUGGAUCAGGCGGCCCUUACCAGGUCCCAGUUCACAGCCAUAUUUAAAAAAUGCAUCAAGGAGUUAGGCUGGAACCCGAGGAAGUUCGGAACCCACUCAUUUAGGAUCGGCGCGGCAACAUCCGCCGCCAGCCAGGGAUGCUCAGCCGAAGAGAUAAAGGGGAAAGGGGGGUGGAAGUCAAACAGUUACAAAUCGUACAUCAGGCCGGUGGCCAGGACGCCGCCGCAAUAA